GAACAGCAGACAGCGGGGCGCCUGGAAACAGGUUUGAACAGCUCACAGAAACUCUGACUCCACACAGCGCGACUCUUUAUUCUUGUCAGGCAUUUGUGUGCUUUUCUUUUCUUCGCUCGUUUCGUGAUCCGAGGAGCAGCGUCUGGGGCGCCGCCGCACUUUCCUAAAAGUUUGUCCGGAGUAAAAGCCCGUUUGACAGGAUAAAUCAACAGAAGGAGGAAGAGCGCUGGCGCAAAAGGAGACAAACCGCAGAAGGAAAGUAUGGCCGCGCGCGAUGCGUCCGCGCUCUUCCUGCUCGCCUUUGGAAUAUUGGGAGUGAGCGCGCAGUACGGAGACCGCGGCAUGUCGAUUCCCGAGCACGGCUUCUGCCAGCCCAUCUCCAUCCCUCUGUGCACGGACAUCGCGUACAACGAGACCAUCAUGCCCAAUCUCCUCGGCCACACGAACCAGGAGGACGCGGGGCUGGAGGUGCACCAGUUCUACCCGCUCGUCAAAGUGCAAUGCUCGCCGGACCUCAAGUUCUUCCUGUGCUCCAUGUACGCGCCGGUGUGCACGGUGCUGGAGCAAGCGCUACCGCCGUGCCGCUCGCUGUGUGAGCGCGCGCGUCAGGGCUGCGAGGCUCUCAUGAACAAAUUCGGCUUCCAGUGGCCAGAGAGUCUCGCGUGCGAAUCGUUCCCGGUGCACGGCGGAGAGCUGUGCGUGGGUCAGAACACGUCGAGCGCGCCCGUCAACCCGACGCCAGAUGUGACACAAGCGACACCCGACCACAACCGAAAGGGGCGUUUUAAAUGCCCGGCGUCGCUAAAAGUGCCGCCGUACCUCAACUACCACUUUCUGGGCGAGGAGAACUGCGGCGCGCCAUGCGAACCCAAAAAACUCCACGGGAUGAUGUACUUCAGCGAGGACGAGCAGAAGUUCGCGAGGAUUUGGAUCGGGAUUUGGUCGGUUUUGUGCUGCGCGUCCACUUUGUUCACCGUCCUGACUUAUUUGGUGGACAUGAAGCGCUUUAGUUACCCGGAGAGACCCAUUAUAUUCCUUUCCGGGUGUUACACGAUGGUGUCCAUCGCGUACAUCGCCGGGUUUCUGCUGGAAGACAAAGUGGUUUGCAACGAGCAGUUCGAGAAUGAGUUCCGGACGGUGGUGCAGGGCACCAAAAAAGAAGGCUGCACCAUUCUGUUCAUGAUGCUGUACUUCUUCAGCAUGUCCAGCUCCAUCUGGUGGGUCAUUCUGGCGCUCACCUGGUUCCUCGCGGCCGGGAUGAAAUGGGGCCACGAGGCCAUCGAAGCGAACUCCCAGUACUUCCACCUGGCGGCGUGGGCAGUCCCGGCCAUCAAGACCAUCACCAUCCUGGCGGUGGGUCAAGUGGAUGGAGAUGUCCUGAGCGGAGUCUGCUUCGUGGGCAUCAACAGUGUGGACGCGCUCCGUGGCUUCGUCCUCGCGCCCCUCUUCGUCUACCUGUUCAUCGGCACCUCGUUCCUCCUGGCGGGGUUCGUGUCUCUGUUCCGCAUCAGGACCAUUAUGAAGCACGACGGCACCAAGACGGAGAAGCUGGAGAAGCUGAUGGUGCGCAUCGGCAUCUUCAGCGUCCUGUACACGGUUCCGGCCACCAUCGUGAUCGCGUGCUACUUCUACGAACAGGCCUUUCGCGCGCAGUGGGAACAAACCUGGAGCGCGCAGUCUUGCAAGACCUACGCGGUGCCGUGUCCCGCGCACAACCCGCAAAUGAACCCGGAUUUCACGGUGUUUAUGAUCAAGUACCUGAUGACACUGAUUGUGGGAAUCACAUCUGGAUUCUGGAUAUGGUCCGGAAAGACGCUGAAUUCAUGGAGAAAGUUCUACACGAGACUGGCAAACAGCAAACAUGGAGAAACAACAGUGUGACGAACUGCUUUUUUUAUCCGUCACUUUUUUUCUGAUGGAAAACAACUGUUUAAACAGAUGUACAUAAACAUUGUGAUUUUUUUUGUAAGUAUAUAUUUGUAUUUAAAUCUCACGUGGAUGUUCUUUUUUAAUCAAAGGAACUUUUUGUUUGGGACAGACCGUAUUGUUUUGGAGAUUAUUUAUGCCUUUUCUCUUGGAAUGUUCUGGGUGGGGAUCUGUUUUUUAAGCCUGUAUGUAAAACUGUGUCUUUUUUAUCGACAUCAGUAUUUCCACGGGCAAAUAUUCAAACUGCUUUUUACAUGCAAAUAAUGCAGAAAUAAUAAUAAUGUGUGUGAAUUGUGCACCCAGCACUUAUGGCUGCAAAUAAUGGAAAGAAUUGAGCUUUAAAUUAAAGCUUUGUGACUGAGAUUUGUCUGAGUGCAGAUGAAUUAUAGUACUGGAAUGUUUUAUGGAGGCUGAGGACAAAAACAGUAAGUGCUCAUGGUUGAUGUGUGCUGGAAAAUCUGCUUAACCCAGCAUGAACUGGUUUGCUGGUCUCCAAAUCUGGUCUGGCUCGGAGAGCAGCAAUCUCAGGCUGUUUUAAAAUGUUUUUAAGAUGUAAAGUCAAGUGCCUUUUUUCAUUUUGGAGCAGCAUUGGGCUCAGGCCUGCACUUUGGUUUAACUCAAAGAAAUGUUACAUGUGUUUCUUCAGUCUGUAUUAAUGAUGCUUCUGAAGGCUUUGUGUUCUCCAAUGGCUCUUUUGCACAGAAGUACCUCUAAAUAUACAGCUAGAACAGGA